CUUCAAUCUCGCAUACUCCAGUAUCUACAUUUCAAGUGUUUACAAGCACCAGUAACCACAUUCAUCCACGGUACUGUACCCUACGGGAACAGACUUUGACAUGAUGCCUUUAUACGCCAGAUUAGACAGAGACGACCAAGGUAAACCAGGUAAUCUUAGCAUGAGCCGGUGUUCGAGUUCUGGCAGAGACUGCUAUCCACCUGCUGCAUCUGCAGACAGAGAUGGUCGAUACUGCCGAGGACUCGUUCUGAGAUUAUACGGCCGAACUUGCGUCUCGAUAAUGCGAGCGAAAGGAUCAUGAACUGUUUCCCUCUCCCCGUGAAGAGCUACUAAUCCCGCUUAGAUCGUCCAAUAUGUCGCCUCCAGCCGCCUUGAUCCAGCCUCAGGAGGUAUCUGUCCACGAGAGCAAGAUAUUCUCGACCAAGACCGAAUUCGCGGCGCCUGUUAAGAGUGCUACCAAAACGGUUGAGAGCAUGCUGGGUCAAUGGGACAACUUUCAGUUCGCACCAAUUCGCGAGUCUCAAGUCUCGCGUGCCAUGACCCGUCGCUACUUUGCCGACCUAGACAAGUAUGCCGAGAGCGAUGUUGUUAUCGUGGGUGCAGGAUCUUGUGGUCUCAGCACUGCCUACAUGCUGGCCAAGCAGCGUCCAGAUCUGAAAAUCGCUAUCAUUGAGGCUGGUGUUGCACCAGGUGGUGGUGCCUGGCUCGGAGGCCAACUUUUCUCUGCCAUGAUAAUGCGCAAGCCUGCAGAUGCAUUUCUCCGUGAGGUCGGUGUUGCUUAUGAAGAGGAAGGUAACUAUGUUGUUGUCAAGCACGCGGCGUUGUUCACCUCAACUAUCCUCUCAAAGGUCCUCCAGUUUCCCAACGUUAAGUUGUUUAACGCUACAGCUGUCGAGGAUCUGAUCACUCGUCCUACAGCGGACGGACGCGUCCGCAUUGCCGGUGUGGUUACUAACUGGACUCUGGUCAGCAUGCACCAUGACGAUCAGAGCUGCAUGGAUCCCAACACCAUCAAUGCACCCAUCAUUGUCUCUACUACUGGCCAUGACGGUCCAUUCGGCGCUUUCAGCGUCAAAAGACUUGUCAGCAUGGACCAGAUCAAGCAGCUUGGUGGCAUGCGUGGUCUUGACAUGAACACUGCGGAGGAUGCUAUUGUGAAGAGGACUCGUGAGAUUGUACCUGGUCUCAUCGUCGGCGGAAUGGAGCUCUCGGAGGUUGACGGCGCUAACAGGAUGGGGCCAACUUUCGGUGCUAUGGUGCUUUCCGGGUGCAAGGCCGCGGAGGAGGUUCUCAAGGUCUUCGAUGAACGCAAGGCGGAGAAUGACAAGCAAUAAUGGAUUUGUAAGCAAGUCAGCUUCUUCCACGAGUGGCAUUAGCAACAACCAUAAUACGCUUCGCUCCUUACCUAACAUAUAGUCAAUGAAAUCAGAAUACUGCGUG